AUGGCCAGAGUUAGUGAAAAGGGUGAAGAGAAGAAGCAGAGCAACAACCAGGUUGAAAAGCUGGUUGAAGCACCUGUAGAAUUUGUCAGAGAAGGUACUCAAUUCUUGGCCAAGUGUAAGAAACCUGAUUUGAAGGAAUACACCAAGAUUGUUAAGGCUGUCGGUAUUGGUUUCGUUGCAGUCGGUAUCAUUGGUUAUGCCAUUAAGUUGAUUCAUAUUCCAAUUAGAUACGUUAUUGUUUAG